AUGGUUUCUGCCGCCAAUUGUGCGCGGUGCCUCACCAGGCCCACGACGGCCGCAGUCUCAGCGCCCGGGAUCCUCUCCCAGCGCAUCGUGCCCAUCAUCGCCUCGUACGUUCCAUCCUCCGGAGCCGCUGCCUUCUCAACCUCGUCUGCCGACUCGGCCGCCGUCCGCCGCGUGACCUACAUCGGAAAACACAUUCGUCGCGGCAAGAUCAACCAAAACGCGCGCAAGAAGCGGGACAACGUCAGGGUCAAGAAGCCGGCCCCCGGAGAGCGAAAGGCCUUCCGUAAGCGCAUCACACUGAGCAACAACAACGCACUGGCCGUCGAGGGUCUCCAGGACGUCGGGAGGGAGACGCUGGCCGCGGCCGAGAACAGAGGCUCCGUGGUCGGUCUGCCGAACCAGUUGAUCGACCAGCUCCGGACGCUGGAGGCGUUCAAGACGACUCAGAACUGGGGCCUAUUCCGGAGGCCCCAUAUGCUCGUUCGAGAGGAGACGGUGAAGCUCGCGAACAGGCUGGACAGCGCUGCCAAGGAGAGACAGACGUUGAGGAUGGUAUUGACGGGCGGCAAGAUUGUCGGGAAGAGCAUGUUGCUGCUGCAGGCCAUGGCUCACUCGCUGCUGAACAACUGGGUUGUCAUUAGCAUCCCCGAAGCCCAAGAUCUCACCAAUGCCAACACGGACUACAGCCCUGUACCCAAGACCAAGCCACUCCAGUUUUACCAGCCGACCUACUGUUUCAAUCUCCUUCAGCAGAUUGUCAAGGUCAACGGUCCCGUCUUGAACCAGCACAAGGUCUCUAAGGAGUACCCUGAGCUUCUCCAUGUCCCCAAGGACGGUACUCUGCUCGACAUCGCCACGGCCGCCAAGGAGCCCGAGUUCGCCUGGCCCGCCUUCCAGGCUCUCUGGUACGAGCUCACUACGGCUCCGGGCGGACCACCCGUCUUCCUCGGCCUCGACGGCCUCUCUCACAUUAUGAAGAUGUCGGCCUACCGCGACCCAUCCUUCAACCUUGUGCACUCACACGACCUCACCCUCAUCCGCCUCUUCGUCGACGCCCUCUCCGGCAAAACCCCGCUCGCCAACGGUGGUGCCGUCGUCGCUGCUACGAGCCGCAGCAACGCGCCUCGCUCUCCGUCCAUGGACCUAGCCCUCGCCCAGUCCGCUGCCGCCGCUUCCGGCCUGCACGUCCCUACCCAGGACCCCUACGCCAAGGGCUAUGAUGAUCGUGUCUACGAGGCCCUCCGUGGCGUCGAGACCUUCCACGUUAGCGGCAUCAGUCGCGAGGAGGCCCGCUCCGUCAUGGAAUAUUGGGCCGCGAGCGGCCUGAUGCGCGCGCGUAUCGAUGAGGCCACCGUCGCGGAGAAGUGGACCGUCGCCGGCGGUGGUGUUCUUGGCGAGCUGGAGCGGGCGAGCUUGCUCAACUCGCGCGUGUUGCAGUACUAG